AUGAGCGAGAACGCGCCGCCGACUCGAGAGCAGCAAGCGCCCUCGAUCCAGAAAAUCCAGUCGCUGCUCAGCGCGAGAGACGACACAUCUCGAUUCGUUGGUCUUGCAUUGCUCAAAUCGGUUCUUGACAACGAUCCCGAGUUGAGAAGCAACGAGAAUGUCAUUCUCACGCUUUGGGAGAGCAUACCCUCAAAGUUUUUCGAUCGGCUGAUCAAGACCGGGUCAAAGCAACGGCCAUCAUCUACAUCAUCGUCGUCAACAUCAUCGUCAUCACGGAAAGAGACUACCGAUAUGUUGGACCUCGCUGUAUCCGUGAUGCACACUUUUGCUGCUCUGCUUCCCGAACAUGCAAGACACGAUUCAAAAUUGUUGAACUGUAUCCCACAGCUCGUGGCUUGUCUCCUGCACUGCUCCAGCCAAUCUACCCAGCUAGCACUCGAGACUCUGGUAGUUUUGGCAAGUCAUCCAGAUGGUGCCCGGAUCUUUACAGCGAUUGGGGAUUUGACGCCAAUGAUCGAAAUUGCGCCGUCACAUCCUCUCGUCCUGGAAGCACUGUCGUAUGCAUGGCUCAAUGACAUGGCCACGACUGCAGACAAGGAAGCCUUGAGAUCCAAAAUUGACACAACAAUCACGAGUCUUAUUUCCUCCUUCAAGGGAACCGAUGCCGUGACGCUGCUAGCAUUCCUCGCAACCCUGUUGCCGAGAUUGGAGCCAGCGGUUCUGCCGCCCAACCCCAGCUGGCUGCCGGCAUUGGGCGCUUUUGUUCGUAAUCUCGUAGCCGCUCGUCCUACAGCUGCUGGACGUGCCGCCUUCACCAACUUAUCCGCUGCUCUCCUCGAGGUCUACCCUUCCCAGGCACCCCAACUCCUUUUUGCUGGGGAGGGCAGCGAGUCUCAGAAUCCCUUCUCAUACCUCCUUCUGAACCUUGUCCUGGUCGAUAUUCGCUCCACUUUGCCUACGCUCCUAGAGCAACUCAACAGCCCCCAAUAUCCCGAGAUUUCACAGCGUCUCGCUUCGGCCUUCAAUGUUGUCUCCAAUUUCAUUGGCUAUCUGGUCCGCUCUAUGGAUGCAGACGACCUUCAGAGCUUACCCUGGGCGAUUUCACCAGACCUUCUUCUCAAACUCCGCAAAGCCAUCGCGGAAACUAUGUCCCUUACUAUAGAGUACCUGCGGGAUCGCUGGGACGCCUCCGUCGCUGGCGCCAUGGGUUUACACCCCGAAGCACGCGUCGGCGCAGCUAACACUUCUUCCGGUUCGCAUCUCACUCUGGCUUGGGAUUCCAAGAAAGACAAUGCUGCUGAAGACUCGCUCAUUCUCGCGGCCAUCCGCGCGCUGGCGAUAUGGCUCAGGGAAGACGACAACGAUCUGCUAAGAAAGGAGGCGGCUGGGCUCUCAGAUAUGUUGAUUGACCUCUAUCAGAACGGGGGCCGAGGCAAGCUCGAUUUUCGCCGUCCAAUCCUGGUUGCUUUUGAGGGAGUCAUUGUUGAGAAAAAAGGGAUGGAAGCAUUUCUUGCCAAUGCCGGUUGGCAAACCCUUGCCGAGGACCUCGUAUCCAUUGUCCAAGCCAGCUCCACGGUUACCAACGAGGAUGAUGCUAUGCGCGGUAUCGAAAUUGUGCGGUUGCUGCUACAGGUCGUUGAAACCGAACGUGCGGGACCUGAAGAAGCCUGGAUGGACGUCGUCACAAAGGUGGCGGGCUGCUAUAUACCUGACGCCAAACAGCCACCUCCUGUCGAGGAGUGUCAGGUUGCGGCUCUGCAGCUUGUCACCACACUCCUGGCUAACGCUCAACCGGGAAUGCAGAAGCGCUAUGCCCAUUCGACGAGUGCUAUUUUGGGGAUUGCAGAGCAACUAAAGGCGAAAAUACAUGGAGAUGUGGCCCUAGAGGAGGCGCUGGCCGAUGUGCUAGAGACGCUGGCAGCUUUGAGAUGA